UAUCGUGACGUACAGAACCCGGAAGACGUGUGUUUGCUGUCAAUGCCAUCGACAGAGAGGAGGCACAGAGAGCUAAAAGCCCGCAUUUAAGACAAGAUGGCAGGACUGCCCCGCAGGAUCAUUAAGGAAACCCAGCGCUUGCUUGCAGAGCCCGUCCCAGGCAUCAAGGCAGAGCCAGACGAAGGCAAUGCUCGCUACUUUCAUGUAGUCAUUGCUGGACCCCAGGACUCACCUUUUGAGGGAGGCACAUUUAAACUUGAACUCUUUUUACCAGAGGAAUAUCCCAUGGCAGCUCCUAAAGUACGCUUCAUGACCAAAAUAUAUCAUCCCAAUGUGGACAAGCUGGGGAGAAUAUGCCUCGACAUUUUGAAAGAUAAAUGGUCGCCAGCUCUGCAGAUUCGCACAGUGCUGCUAUCAAUCCAGGCUUUACUAAGUGCACCCAACCCCGAUGACCCCCUAGCAAAUGAUGUUGCAGAGAAGUGGAAGUCCAGUGAAGCUGAAGCCAUAGAAACAGCCAAGACAUGGACCAGGCUUUAUGCUGGAAACAAAAAUGAAGUGUAAAUCAGCCUCACAAGUGGAGACACAAGUGCAAGUCAAGUGUGUGAACACAACUCAUGUGCUGCCAAGACCUCCUCCUGCUUCAUUCACAUUUAAAGGACACAGUCUUUUAUAUAUAUAUAUAUAUAUGUAAGUGUGUAAAGAAUAUAUAUAUAAACAACUGCUGACAUUUGGUGAUUUAAAUGCACACUAGUAAAAACAUUUAAUUGUCUUCGUCCUAACUCACUACUAUUCAGCUGCAUGGGCAGAGGUUGUAGAUCUACUCGCCUGGCUUUCUUUGUCCACUGGGGGGGGGUUGUAAAGGUGAGGGUAAAGGUGACUUAUAUGCCACAUUUUCAUGGGAAUGUGUGUUUGAAGGGGGAGGCAGAGCAGCGGAAUAUGAGACGGGGAUGCGAGAUCUGCUAGAUGUGGUCAAUAUGAUAUACUUUUUUAUGUUUGUUUUAACUUUGUUUUGUCGUGUCGCUGUUUGUUUAUUAAAAGCAGCUAACUACUACUAGCCCACUGUAUGUAGACACUCACCCGGCGAGGGCUUUGUCCCGCAGGACGCAUGUACAAUCAUCGCCCUGCUUUUUCUUUAAGUCGCAUCUGGCUUCACUGAAUACAAAGUGAUAUGACUAAAAUCCAAACUGAGCCUGCCUCUGUCAUGUUUGCUUACUUCAACCACUCUCUGUGUAGACUUGGAUGUACUGUGGACGGCGUGAGAGACUGCGGUGGACAUUGUGGACCUUUCCUUAGUUUUUAGCACAUGUGUUAUUACCAUAUCUUGUCUUUUUAUAUGUGAACCUCUCCUGCUAUUGCCAUACUAACUACUCUUGCUUUCCCCCUCCUUACAUCAUCACACUCUAAUCCUACGAGACUCGGUGGUUUACCUGCUGCCAACGGCGUUUAUUUCACAAAGCAGAUGUUACAUUUGAGCCGUCAUUCGUUUGAUGAUGUGAAUGGGAACUGGGGGGGUUGGAGGGACCGAUGUGUGUGAGAAGAGAUGCUGGAUUGUCAAGGGAUCAAACUCCAAAAGAUCAGUGAUGGCUUUGACUCUCGCCUGAUGUGAUUAGUGUUUGGCUGAAAAAAAGUCUGUAUUCAGUUCUCUGUGUAUAAAUUCAUUCUUUAUUGAUCUGGAGAGGAAAUGUUUUUCCUGCUCUCAGAAUGCUAUGAAACAGUCCACCUGCAUACUUUCAUGUUCUGUAAAUAAAUUCUGUUGAUUAAUAAA